AUGAAGCUCUCGGCCAUCUUCCUCCAGGCAAAAGCCCUUCUCAUCGCUACAGCUUUAGCAAGCCCACUUCCGGUACCCGAGGAUGGCUCUAUCAGAAUCCCCGUCAAGGGCGCCCCGGCUGAACGUAACGACGGCUCCAUCCGCAUCCCUGUGAAGGGUGCUCCUGCUAAGCGGGACGACGGUGUGAGCAGGAUUCCAGUCAAGGGCGCCCCAGAGAAGGAAACCGACGGCGUCAUCCGGAUCCCUGUCAAGGGCGCCCCAGCCAAGCGUGAGGACGGCUCCAUCAGAAUUCCGGUUAAGGGUGCCCCGAACAAGCCAACUCAGGAGUAG